AAGUGCAGCACACGUGUAAACAGUGGAGAGAGUCACGUUGUGUGCCUGUUAUAUCAAAACAUUAAUAAACACCUACAAUUCUGAGAUUACACAUGCAUCGGAUUUAAAUAAACUGUAACCGCGAAAGAGCAAAGAUGGAGAAGAUGGAAAGGAAAGAGCAGAAGCGGCACCAGCACAAGCACAGCGGUCCCAAAGCCCAGAAGAAGAGCAGAAAGAAGGAACAGAGCACUGAACCAGAGCAGGAUGAGCGCAAGAGGAACCCCCGGGCGUUUAGUGUGCAGUCAGCUGUGCGCAUGGCAAAAACCUUCCAUCGGGCGCAGGAUAUUAAAACGAAGAAACAUCACAUUCCCCUUGUUGACCGGACGCCUCUGGAGCCUCCGCCUGUUGUUAUAGUGGUGAUGGGACCUCCAAAAGUGGGCAAAAGCACUCUAAUUCGAUGUUUGAUCAAAAACUUCACACGCCAGAAGCUUUCUGACAUCUGUGGUCCUGUGACUAUUGUAUCUGGAAAGAAACGCCGCUUGACAUUCAUUGAAUGCAACAAUGACAUCAACAGCAUGAUAGAUUUGGCAAAGGUUGCUGAUUUGGUUCUGAUGUUGAUUGAUGCAAGUUUUGGCUUUGAAAUGGAGACCUUUGAGUUCCUGAACAUUUGCCAAGUUCAUGGCUUCCCUCGGAUCAUGGGGGUCCUCACACAUUUGGACUCCUUCAAGAACAACAAGACACUCAGAAAAACAAAGAAACGCCUCAAAGACCGGUUCUGGACUGAAGUCUUCCAGGGCGCCAAACUCUUUUACCUGUCCGGAAUGGUGUAUGGAGAGUACCAGAUACAGGAAGUGAAGAAUCUUGGCCGGUUCAUCUCAGUCAUGAAGUUCAGGCCUCUUGUCUGGCAGACGUCUCACCCUUAUGUUCUGGCUGACCGUAUGGAGGAUCUUACUGAUCCUGAGGCUAUUCGAUUAAAUCCCAAAUGUGACAGAACUGUCUCUCUGUACGGAUACCUGCGAGGGACAUUUAUGAAGAACAAAUCUCAGGUCCACAUUCCUGGUGUAGGAGACUUCACUGUUUCAGAUGUUGGCUUCCUGCCGGACCCCUGUCCUUUACCAGAGGUGAUCAAGAAGAGAGCACUGAAUGUAAAGGAGCGGUUAUUAUAUGCCCCCAUGGCUGGCGUAGGGGGAUUGGUCUAUGAUAAGGAUGCUGUCUACAUCGAUAUGCCCUCCGGACAUGCCAAGAAGCAGCAGGAGGAGGUGCGGCCCACCACUGAACUUGUUCAGUCUCUUAUUGGAACGCAAGCAACUUUGGAUGCAAAAAUGGCUGCCAGCAAAGUGUCGCUGUUUACUGGAACUGCUGCAUUGACACCAGAGGAGGUGGAGGAAAACGGGAAGCAGAACCCUACGGAAAGCCGUGAAUGGGAUGAAAAAGCACAGAGAGAGAGGAGAAGAGCUGUCUUUGCUGAUGAAGAGGAGGAUGAUGGUGGUGAUGAUGAUGAUGAUGAUGAUGAUGAAGAGGAGGAGGAGGAUGGUGAUGAUGAUGAAGAUGAGGAAAAUGAAGAUGGAGAGACAACACUGGGAAAGCCAGAUAAGACUGCAAUGGGUCCUCCUGUGAAGAAACAGAAAGUGGAGGAUCCUGCGGAGAUGCCUGCUUUUGCUGAUAGUGAAGAUGAACUGGAAAAGAGUGAAGGAGAGGAAAGUGAAGAGGAUGAAAGUGAAGAAGAGGAUGAGGAGGAGAUGGAAGAAGGGAAGCCUGCUAAGAAAAGCUCAGGUCCAGACUCUGGACUCUGCUCGGAAGAUGAUGAUGAUGAAGAAGAUGAUUCUGAUAUGCAGGAAGAUGGAGAUGAGAGCAAGAAUCCAGAGGAAGAAGAUAUAAACACAGAAGAAGUAGAGAUGGGUUUUGAAACAGCAGGAGCAUUACGGUGGAAGGAAGGCUUGGCUGAGAAAGCGACUGAGGCAUAUUUAAGACAACAGCGUGCCGCUCCAAACCUGCGCAAGCUAGUAUACGGCACAGUGGCGGAGGAGGAAGAGGAGGAUUCUGAUGAUGAUGAAGAGCUGGGCGGUUUAUUUAAAGUCAGUCGACCAGAGAAGAGUAGGAAAGUACGAGCUGAUAUGAUGGACUGCUCUCGGUUUCAGCCUGACAGCAGCCAUGACUGGGAUCAGGAGGAGAUGCUAGCCUCCAUCAGGGACUGUUUUGUGACGGGAAAAUGGGAGGAGGAUAAAGAUGCUGCAACCCUGCUUAAGGAAGAUGAUGAUCUCUAUGGUGAUUUUGAGGAUUUGGAAACAGGAGAAGUUCACAAAGCAAAGACUGGAAAUAAAGACAAAGCUGAGGAAGAGAAUGAUGAUAAUGAUAAUGAUGAUGACAAUGAGGAUGAUGAUGAUGAUGAAGAGGAGGAGGCUCCCCAAAUGAAAUUAGAUGAUGAUGAAGUUCAAAAGAACAAGCGUUUGGAAAAGAAGAGGCGACUGAAGGAGAGGUUCGAUGCACAGUAUGAUGAUGGAGAUGCCACAUAUUUUGAUGACCUGAAGGAGGAGAUGCAGAAACAGGCUGAGCUGAACAGACAAGAGUUUGAAGAUGUUGAUGAUGAAAUUCGGGUUCAGUAUGAGGGUUUCAGGCCAGGCAUGUAUGUGCGUGUGGAGAUCCCUGCGGUGCCUUGCGAGUUUGUCACCAACUUUGAUCCUCACUAUCCCACCAUCCUUGGAGGUUUGGGAGCGAGUGAGGGCAAUGUUGGCUACUUGCAGAUGCGUCUGAAGAAACACCGCUGGCACAAUCGUAUCUUAAAAACCCGUGACCCUCUUAUCCUGUCUUUGGGUUGGAGGCGCUUUCAGACCAUCCCUCUGUACUACAUCGAGGACCAUAACGGACGUCACCGCCUGCUCAAAUACACACCUGAACACAUGCACUGUGGUGCCACCAUAUGGGGACCCAUAACACCUCAGGGCACAGGCUUCCUGGCAGUGCAGACGAUUGGCGGCGUUAAGGCCAAUUUCCGCAUCGCUGCCACAGGAGUGGUUCUGGACUUGGACAAAUCAGUUUCCAUUGUGAAGAAGCUCAAACUGAUUGGAUACCCUUAUAAAAUCUUUAAGAACACCUGCUUUAUCCAGGGAAUGUUUAACACCAUCCUGGAGGUUGCGAAGUUUGAGGGAGCGUCCAUCCGCACAGUCAGUGGCAUUAAAGGGCAGAUAAAGAAAGCUUUGCGUACCCCGCCGGGUGCCUUCAGAGCCACGUUUGAGGACAGACUGCUGAUGAGCGAUAUUGUGUUCCUGCGCUCCUGGUAUCCGGUCUCUGUUCCUCGGCUGUAUAACCCAGUGACGUCUUUACUGAUGCCGGUUGGACAAAAACACACAUGGUCAGGAAUGAGGACCCUUGGACAGCUUAAACAUGACCUGGGCAUCCACAACAAACCCAAGCAGGACUCGCUGUACAAGCCAAUUGAGAGGCAAGUUCGGCACUUCAACCCACUCCGCAUUCCCAAAGAGCUGCAGAAGGCGCUUCCCUUCAAGAGCAAACCCAAGUAUAUGCAGGCCAAAGGCAAAACCCCACGGGACCUGCAGAGACCGGCUGUCAUACGAGAGCCGCACGAGAAAAAGGUGGCAGCAUUGCUUGAUGCUCUGACCUCAGUCUACUCAUACAAGACUAAGAAGGCUAAUGCAGAACAACGCGCCAAACACAAAGAAUUCCUGAAGCAGAAAGAAAAACAGGAAGCAGAGAGGCAACAGAGACUCAAAGUGGAGAAAAAGAAGACCUACCGCGCAAUGGGACAAAAGGAGAAGAAGAAGCUCAAAUCCAGCCUGAAGGGAACAUCCAAGGACAAUUGAGUCUAGCUCAGCUCACACCUGAUUCAGUUCCAGUUCCACACAGACUCCAAGCCCGUCGGAUCAGGUUGUUACGCUCAAUAUUAGACUGUUUGAAAUGCGCCAUAAUUGGAUUCUCACAGCAGCUGCUGUUUGUAAGCUGGAUGAAGAGUCGAGAUGAUGACGCUGCAUGAGACCUGAAGACGGGUUUGGUUGACGUAUUAAAGAUGCAGUUUCCACAGAACUGCCUGGGUAACUGUUGCUGGCAAUUCUUUACAAUAAGGUUCAAUUGUUAAAUUUAGUUUAUGCACUUGGUAUAAUGAACUACUGUUAGGAUUACAUUGCAGCAUUUAUUAAUCUAGGAUGAAGAGAUAAUAUUCCCCAAAAAAUGCUAGAUAUGUUGAAGAAUUUCGGUGACAAAUAAAAAAAGAUUUAGUUCCCAUUGACUUUCAAUGUAUGGAUUGAAAACACAAUACAAUGCAAGUCAAUAGGAAAGGAUUUAUCUUCUGAAUAUUUAGUUUUCUAUUUAAAUAUGUCAGUUUGUCAUAUAGAUUUAGCAUGACAUGAGCGUGCAUAAGUGAUGACAGAACUUUCACUUUUGGGUGCAUUCUUCAACUUAAUAAACAUUAAAUUGCAUAUGUGUAUAAUAACCUACAUUUAAUUUAUUCUUUAUUAUUCAUUAGCUUAUGUUUCAUUUGCAUUCACUAAUAUUAAUAAAUUGAACCUUUUUUUGUGAAAUGUUGCCAGAAAGAUCCAAAAAAGUCAAUACAACCAUUUCUUAUAAUCACAUCAAAUCCUUUACACUUGUUUUAUUAUAGAUAUUUUCAAUAAAUGUCAAAAUGUGUGACAUUAAAA